AUGGCUAUUGCAUUGUUCAUUUUGAUGGCAACGUUUGUUGCCUUGGUGAUAUUCCUACCAUUACUCUCAGGAAUGUUUGCUUAUAAGCCGAACCCCUCAUAUCUUGAAAAAAGGAAACAGGAAGAAAGAGAAAAGCUCAAAUCGCAUCACGAUGACGGAUAUGGCGGAUACAUUCCUCCUGAUGAGCAACUCGAAUUGGAAAAGCAGGCCAAGUCUUCCGGGUCUCGAAUUUACUCUAAGAUAAGCCACUUGACCCCGGACGAUAUUCCUAUCAAACUUCAGCUUCAGAAUCAAGGGGAAUUGAAAAACCGCACAGCUCGAAAGCCCGUGACAACAGACUCUAAUCCCAACAACUUUGAUUACGACUUAAAUGAAUUAAUUGACGAGGAACUCGAAAGUGAAAGGGCGGAGAAUUCUAAGGCUUACACACCCGGCAUGAUAUCCAAUCAUGAAGAAGUGUAA